GAGGAGAAUGAGACAGAGAGAAAGAGUGGAAGAAGGUGGGAGGGACAAAGUUGUAAGUCUGUGAGAAGAAAGGCAUUAAACAUACGGUGAACCUUCUAGCAUCUAAUUAUGUUUAAAUUCCAAGUCUGCAGAAAAAUAGGUUAACUAGUAAAAACAGGCAGAGUGUGUUUACCCAGGAAGGAGGAAAGAGGAGCAAGAAAAGCUGACUGAGGCGCCUGGCCGGUUCAGAAACCAGAUCCAGGACGUUUGUCAAGCUAACAAAGCGUCAAAGAGUUCGGCUUUAAGAGGAGAGGGACAAGAACCAAGAGAAGACAAAGUCAUCUUCAGGAUGUCUGUGUCUCAGCGGUGCCUCUGCUGCGUUAAAUACUUGAUGUUUGUCUUCAAUCUUAUCUUCUGGCUGGGAGGAUGUGGCUUGUUCGGCGUCGGGAUCUGGCUGUCCUUCACGCAGGCAGAGUUUUCCUCUCUGCCCUUGUCCUUCCCAUCACUCUCAGCUGCCAAUCUGCUGCUGGUUGCUGGUGGCAUCACCAUGGUAACAGGAUUCCUAGGUUGCCUCGGGGCUCUAAAGGAGCAGCGCUGUCUUUUGUGCACUUUCUUUGUGAUCCUGUUGAUUCUGGUCCUGACAGAGAUCACCGUGGUUCUGAUUUUAUACUACCUCCAUGACCAGGUGGAGUCACAUGCCAAGGGGGACUUAAAGAACGGCAUGAAGAAAUAUAAUUCAGAACAAGAACUUAAAAAAUCCUGGGACAACGUGCAGAAGAUGUUCAAAUGCUGUGGCGUCAACAACUCCACAGACUGGCAUGAAGUGCUGAACGGAACGCUGCCCUCAUCCUGCUGCCCCGGCGCUGACAGAGACCAGUGCAUUGGAUGGAGUGAGGGCUGCUUUGCAAAGGCCAAAAACUGGCUGAGUGGCAACAUCCGGCCUGUCCUGGUGUUUGGAGUGUGCAUCGGUGUUGUACAGAUUUUGGCCCUGGUGUUCUCCAUGCAGAUGUACUGCCAAAUUCUCUACGCUGAGAAGAACCUGGACUAACAGCAGCCCUGGUCUGGUCUGGCUCACAUGGGCCUGAGCUGAAUCGUAAAAGGAGGAACUCCAGCAGCUGCAGGGGGCGCUGUGCUGCUGAAGGAGGGGAAACGGAUGGAUUUAAAAUGCUCUGAGGUGACAGGGUCCCAGUGAUUCCAAUGCAACUUUUUUUCUGUUAAUGUGUGUGUUUGUGACAUAUUAAGGACGUAUGUUACUUUUAAAAAAUCACUUUGUUGUUUUUAACUUCAUUCAUUUGAACACAUAUAUUGGUAUGUAACUUUAUGUUUUCCAGCAAAUAAAACAAUAUAAGAAUUUGAUUAGUUAUCAUGAUUAACUGUAUAUACAUGAUCGUUUUCGAAAUGUUGCCUAAUGGUUACCUUUGAUUGCCGUGUUACAUUCUUCUUCCUGUGUGUAAACUCCACUAAAUUAAGUUUCUGUCAUUAUGGCUGUGGAUGCAGCUUUAUGCUGCUGUAGUUCACCAUCCAGUUUGUAUAUUGCAGAUUUAUAGAGCAGCUGGAGGGAAAACCCACUUCCUUUUAAAUCUGCUGAUUCUGUGGCGUUUGGUGCAGCCUCAGCUGGCUCAUCCUCCUGAUCCUGUGCUGCAUUGCUGAACAGAAGGAGUUGUUUAAGUGUUGAUUUUAUCUGUGGAAAUGUGACAGAAACCCCCACUGCAGUCUUCCAUUUGGAUAACAGUUCAACUCUCCAGUUAGAAUCAAAAACAGGCAAAAAUAAAGUUCUCAUGAGUAUUUAGGUUUAGACUGGUUAAUGUUUAAUCCAUCACAAAUAACUGAAGUGCAAUAUCAUUGUGCAGUGUAAUCUGAUUCUUUACAGGUUGAGCAACACUCAAUCUCACACUGCAAGCUGCUUCUGUAGGGUCAAACUGAAAUAGGAUGAUUGUAAGUUUUGUAUCUGUUCACAUUGUAUUGGCCAGACUCCAGAAGUUACAGUAUAUUCCUGACUAAUAAAACAAGAUUAAGAUUAUUGAGCACAAAAUGACCUUUUCAUUUCAAUGAAGUGAUAGUGAUAGUUUGUAUGUUAAUAGUCUUCCUGAAAUUUGUCCUGGAGUCAAUCUGCAAAUGUAUG